AUGCCAAUGCAGGAUAUAGAGGGUUUUGUACCGGACCCACAUGCAAACUUUGGGGGCAGUCCGAUCUACAGUACAUCCGCCGUGGAAUCUCAGAAUGCAAACCUACUUCUAUCUGAGCCCUAUGCUCCUGUUGGCACUUCUCAUCUUGAUGACUCCAACUAUCAAAUGGGUCUUAGUUUUGGACUGCUGGAUGAGCUGAACCCCGGGAACACUGAUGUGUUCUCAUUCGACAAUGUCAUCCCACCUCAGUUUCUGGACACCGAUAUCUCGCUUUGCGAUCUUUUCCAACGAUUUCCUCGACAAGACCAGCCGGCUUCGCAGGGAGAUUCUCGACUGACCACAGACCUAGUCGGGCUUUCAUUACCUCAGGAGGACUCGUCUUUGACGCCCGCAGAGAUACCAACCCCUCAGAACCCGCCACUUCCACCACGAUUCCCUUCAACCAAUGACCAAUUACAGAACGGCAACCUUGAUGCAGAAUCAGAUACCGUGGGAUGCCCUUGGAUCCUGUCCUUUGCGGCUUACAAGCGGAUCUCGGAAAAGGUGGCGCAGAGCAAGUCGAUCUUACCUGACUUUAAGCUUCCGUCUAAAUUCGCUCUCACCCGUUACCUUGAAGGUUACUUUUGCGGAUUCCAUGACCACUUACCUUUUCUUCAUCCGGUAACAUUCGACCCACAAAAUAUUGAACUUGAGUUGUUUCUUGCGAUGACCUCGUGUGGGGCAUUUUAUCGGUUUGAACACGCACAGGGCUAUCAGAUGUAUGACGCUGCUCGAUGUCUCGUGGAGCGAAGCUUUUCCCUUCGCCGGCGCCGCACCAUGGAGAGCUUGAUAGUUAGGCCCCUGGCGUCUGUGGGUACAAGAGGAGAUCCAUGUUCCCCAUCAAAGACCUCGUAUUCGCCCCACUCAGCUGAUAAUUGCAGCGACUAUGAUGAGUUACACUCGCAAUCAUGCCUACAAAGGACCCAAACUCUCAUUAUUCUUAUAGCCAUAAGCGCUUGGGGGGAACAACCACUUGUUCAAGAUAGUCUGGCCAUGGGAAGUCAGCUUGCAGUGCUUAUACGGGAAAUCGGGAUCAGUCGGCCGGAUGACACGACCGAUAUGACUCUCUCAUGGACAACCUGGGUUAGGCACCAGCAACGAAGACGUACCUUACUCGUCGCCUAUAUUCUCUUCAAUCUUCAUAGUAUUGCUUAUAAUGUCCCACCACUAAUUCUCAACCAAGAGGUAGCACUUUGUCUGCCGUCCUGCGAGGCAGAAUGGAAAGUGAGAUCACAGGCUGGCUGGGAGCGAUAUCAGCAAGGUUACCAUUGCCGUGAGCAUUCCUUCACUAUAACACUAGAUCGUCUACUCCAGGGCCGCAGUGUUUCCGAUCACGGCGCCAUUUCAGCUUUCUCAAACUAUGUCCUAAUACACGGUCUCAUCCAAAAAAUAAACCUUAAGCAUCAGACCGCAACUUGUCGUUCUCACGAUGGUUCUUCGAUGCGCCUGCGGUCACUUAAGCUAAUGGAGACUGCAUUACGAUCUUGGCAAGCUUCAUGGGAGGCUACAUACGAAUCCACGCUUGAUCCUUGUUCACCCAAGGGCCCCUUGGGGUUCAAUGCAACAGCGUUGCUACGGCUGGCGUAUAUCCGGCUAAAUGCCAAUUUAGGGCCUUGCCGUGACCUUAUCUCUGGGAACCUAGCUAGCGUCCAGGAAAUCUUCACCAUCACUGAUACGAUUUACCUUUCUCGCUCUCCAUCAUUGGACCGGGCUGUCUUACAGUGUAUCCAUGCUCUUAGCAUUCCGGUCCGUGUUGGCAUUCCAUACUUGGUACAGACCCAAACUCUGCACUGGAGUGUUCAACACUCGAUAUGCAGCUUUGAAUGUGCGUUCCUCUUAAUUAGGUGGAUGCGAGAAAUCGCCAAAGCUGUUAACGCCGGCGGAAUGACGGCGCUUCGCGAAGAUGAGCAGAAGCUACUUGCUAUGGUAACGAGUCUAAUUCAAGAGACACAUCUCCAAGAAACAUUGGAAUAUCAGGAGGAUCUUUCAACUCGAAUCAACCGUCUCGCGGCUUCAACCGCUCGAUUAUGGGCCGAGAUAUCCAGUGCCACCCAUGUUUUCAAUAUUGUUCAUCGCAUCGGGGCUUCCUUGUCUUCUGUGGCUGAUAUCUUAGAGUCUCAACUCCCCCGGCCUUGCAUUCCUACCUAG